AUGGCCGUCUCCGUUUUCCAUGCAUACGCCCAUUCAAUGUCUUGCCAGGUCGAUUAUCAUCCACGAUUCAUAAGCGGCUUUGGACUGACAGAUGGAGAAGGACUUGAGCGUCUUUGGUCCUACCUUGGAGGAUUUGUCUCAAUGACUAGACAAAUGAGCGCUAAGAGACGUCUGUUCGUUUUACAGCAUGCGAUUGGUCAUUCGAAAGCCAAGACUAUAAUCAAUAUGUGUAUGCAUGAUUUUAAAUGA